GAUCGAGAGAGACACUACAGCCCAUUUGCGAGGAACUCUCUGUCUCUUUCUUUAUUAUUAAUUUCUAAAUCCCCAAAUUCGUUUAAAUUUCCGAACCCCUUUCAAUAUAUUCUGUCUCCUCUCCUCGAUCUAACCACCAGUUUAAAUUCCACCAUUCCACGACGUGCUAUUCCUUUUUGUCUUACUUCUAAUACUAAGAUUCUUUUUAUUGUGUUUUGCAUUCGUUUAAUUAUAUUUUAUGUGUGAUCUGAGUUUGGAUUAAUUUGAUCUGAGGAGAUAGUUGGUUAGUCGUAAAAUCGUAAAUGGCGGGGGCCAAUAGUGCGGAUCAAUUCGAAGCGUAUUUUAGGAGAGCUGAUUUAGAUGGUGAUGGUAGAAUUAGUGGAGCGGAAGCUGUCGGUUUCUUCCAAGGAUCUAAUUUGCCCAAACAAGUCCUUGCUCAGAUAUGGAUGCAUGCUGAUCAAAGCCGCACUGGUUUCCUUGGCCGGCAAGAAUUUUAUAAUGCUCUCAAACUUGUUACUGUGGCACAGAGUAAACGUGAUUUAACACCAGAUAUUGUCAAGGCAGCAUUAUACGGUCCUGCUGCUGCCAAAAUUCCGCCCCCACAGAUUAAUCUUGCAGCUGUACCUGCGCAGCAAAUACCUUCUAUGGCUGCUGCAUCUGCCCCACAGAUAAGUGCACCUACUCCAACACCAAUACCAUCUCCAUCUCCAUCUCCAACGCCAACAACAACACCAACACCAACACUAAUGGGUUCUCAGAGUUUUGGUUUUAGGGGACCGGGGGUUCCAAAUGUGAGUACAAUGCAGCAGUCUCCUAGACCGUUUCAAGCUGCUCCUUGUCCUCCUCAGGUUACUGGUGGUCCAGAUUUGUUUAGGGGAGGUAGUGUGGUGGGUCAAACUCAAACCAUGUCUGCAGGUAUUGCUCCCCGUCCCUCUCAACCCAUGUCUGGUGGUACUGCUGCUCCUAAUGUUCCAAACCCAAACAUUUCAAAUGAUUGGCUUAGUAGUGGGAGGACUGCUGGACUUCCAACUGGGCCUAGAGCUGUUAGUCCAUCAACGUCCUCAUCUGCGCUGAACACACUAAGUCUAGUUUCACCAUCUUCUCAGCCUUUGACUAAUGAUUCUAAAGCACUAGCUUUUUCAGGAAAUGGGAGCUCUUCUGCUUCAAGUUUUGGAGGGGACAUUUUUGCUGCGAUCUCGCCUACCAUGAAACAAGAGCCUGCUGUGUCUACCUAUUCAGCUAGCAGUUUACCUGCCUCAUCAGCCUCUAUUCCAGUUUCCAGGGCAACCCAACCUUCAGCUAAGCUCAAUUCACUUGACUCAUUGCAGGGUGCUUUCUCUAUGCAACCUACAGGCAGCCAGUUUCAGCGAACCCAGUCAUUGAACCCGCCACAGCAAGUUUCAUUGCAAAGUUCUUCAUCAUUUACUUCCUCUGGAAUUUCAGUUGGGGUUGGAAAUUCAACUCCUGAUAAUUCCCAACUUACAUGGCCAAAGAUGAAACCUACAGAUGUUCAGAAAUAUACAAAAGUUUUUAUGGAAGUAGAUACUGACAGAGAUGGUAGAAUCACUGGAGAGCAGGCAAGGAAUUUAUUUAUAAGUUGGAGGCUACCAAGAGAGGUGCUAAAGCAAGUUUGGGACUUAUCCGAUCAGGAUAGUGAUAGCAUGCUUUCUUUGAGGGAGUUCUGCUUUGCUCUCUAUUUGAUGGAGCGAUACAGGGAAGGCCAUCCUCUUCCAGCAGUGCUUCCAAGGAAUGUUAUGUUUGAUGAGACGCUGUUGUCCAUGACAGGUCAACCAAAUCCUGCUUUUGGAAAUGCUGCUUGGGGUGCCAGUCCUGGUUUUGGUCAGCAGCCUGUGAUGGGUCCUCGACCAAUGACUCCGACUGCUGGUUUGAGGCCACCAGUUCCGGUACCAGCCCCCAAUGUUGACAGUGCAAUGAUGUUCAAUCAACCAAAGUCGAGAGCACGUAAGUCAGAUGAUCCUUUUGCAAACCAACUUGAUAACGGGGAGCAGAAUUCAAAGCUCCAAGAGGCAACAGCUGCCGAAAAAAAGGUUGAUGAACCAGAGAGGGUGAUUUUAGAUUCUAGAGAAAAGAUUGAGUUUUACCGCACAAAAAUGCAGGAGCUUGUGA